CUUCAUUUGACGUUUGUGUGGCUGUGGUUUGUGUUUGUGAUUGUUAAUUGUUAUCAAUUCAGCUUUGCACUUUGCAAAAUAUAAUUCAAAUUAUCGUUUUUUUUGGAUCAUCUCUGAUGUUUCAUAAAUAAUGUUGUUUAAAAACUAAAUACUGAAAUUCAAGUAUUUGUUUGAUAUAGAAGAUGUCCAGUGAAGUAAAAGUGGAACAGGGUACAUUGAAGGGAAAAGUUUGUACUGCAUUUGAUGGAACUAAAUAUUACAGCUUUGAAGGCAUACCAUAUGCAAAACCACCAAUAGGAGAACUUAGAUUUAAGGCCCCCCUUGAACCAGACAACUGGACAGGUGUUCGUGAUGCCACCAAACCUGGUAACAAAUGUUCACAACUUAACCCCCUUGGAAAAGGAAUUGUAGAGGGCGUAGAAGAUUGUCUAUAUCUCAAUGUCUAUACCCCAAGUUUGCCAGCUGAAAAAAUUGAAAAGCUACCUGUUUUAUUUUUUAUACACGGCGGUAGAUUGGUAGUGGGCUAUGGUGAUUACUACCGACCUGACUACUUUCUGAAACACAAUGUUAUUCUAGUGACUAUAAAUUAUAGAUUAAAUAUUUUAGGAUUUUUGUGCCUUGACAUACCUGAAGUGCCCGGAAAUGCUGGUUUGAAGGACACUGUGAUGGCAUUGAAAUGGGUAAAGAAGAACAUUAAGCAUUUUAAUGGUGAUGAUUGUAAUAUUACAGCAUUUGGUGAAAGUGCUGGAGGUGCUAUAGCCACAUCUUAUUUGACAAGUAAAAUGGCGGAAGGAUUGUAUGAUAAAAUAAUAUGUCAGUCGGGAAAUUCUUUAUCAGACCUGUACAUAGUAGAUGAAGACCCAAUAGACAGAGCUAGCAACAUUGCAAGUUACUUAGGGCACAAAAAUAUGAGAGAGAAAAAAGAGUUGUACAAUCUAUUUCUCAAUACUUCUAUCGAAGAUUUAGUUAUUGCAUAUACAUCAGCGGAAAUAAAUAGACCACCGUCAGUAAUACACGCGAUGUUAUUACCUGUUGUGGAGAAAAAAUUCGAAAAUGUGGAACCAUUCUUUGAGGAACAUCCCAAUGUUGCCAUACGAGAAAAUCGGUUUCAAAAACUACCAAUAUUAGCUACCAUACAUUCUUACGAAGGAGCCCCGUUUUUACGUAGUUCUGGAGGUAAAAUAAUAUACUUCGAACAAGACAUUCAACAUUUUAUACCAAGUUUUUUAUCUGUCAAACACAAUACACCAAAAGCUCUGAAAAUGGCGAAAAGUAUACGAGACUUUUAUUUUAAGGGUAGAAAUGUUGAUGACAACACUAAAAUAGAAUAUUUAAAUCUUUUCAGUGACCACUGUUUUGCACGGGACAUUUUAUUAUUUGUGGAGUUGACAUCGAAAUUUUGUGACAGUGUGUAUUUAUGUAGAUUCGAUUAUAGUGGUAACAUGAAUACUAGAAUGUUGAAAGAAUUGGGCUUGAAAGGAGCAACUCAUGGAGACUUAAUACAGUACUUAUUCUACAGAGAAAAUAAAGCGAAGAUUGCAUCAGAAAAAGAUUAUAUUAUUGUGAAUACUUUGAUAGAAUCAUGGUGCAAUUUCGCAAGAGAUGGUAAACCAUCUUGGAAGAAUAAAAAAAUGCAAUGGCUACCCUACACAAUAAAAAGAAAAUUAUGCCUCAACAUUGAAAACGCUGGAAUAAAAGUAGAACCUUAUCCAAACUUCGAAAGAAUUAGAUUUUGGUUUGAUUUGAUUCAUGAAAGAGCUAAGCUUUAAUUUUCUUAAAUACAUUAAGCUAAGAAGUCACGAUUUCAGUGUUGUUAAUGGGAAAAUAAAAGGGAUAUGUGGUAGGAAAUUAGUAGAGUUUAUAUAGAGUUGUAAAAUUUUAUUUAAUCAGAUUAUACAGCCAUAGGCAAAAUUAAAGUAACUGUGAUAAAAAACAUACUUGAUAAAUUAAUGUAUAUAAUGACAAUUAAAAGUAAUUGAGCGUGACACAUAAAUUGCUUUGGGAAAAUGCAAACUGCACUGGUGAUAUGAAAAAAAAAUCGUACUUAUAUAACUUGUAUAUCUCUUAAAUAUUUUCGUAUAUACUAAAAAACAAUAUUUUCAUGAUAAAAUAUAAAUAAAUAUAAUUAUUUACAACAAUUGUUCAUACACUGUUAACUAUUUGUAAUGUAAAUUAUGCAUUUAUGAAUUAAUUUAAAAAAAAAACACAUUGUUAUAUUUUUUACAUGAAAUGGCGAAAUACUCGUAUUAAGUUAUUUCAUUUAUUAUAUUUUAUAUUAUAUGCUGAUUUCGUUGCAUAUCUGUUAUAAUUAUAAUGAAUAGUUAUUAGUUAUUAAUUAAUAACUAAUAACCAUUCAAUAUAGUUAAUUUACAUAUUGUAGAAUAAUGAUCAAUUAUUAUUAUUUGUUAAUAAUUACAUAUAUGUAUAUUAUAAUACAUUUAACUAGGUGGAGGACAACACGAAAAUAAUUUUGAUUGAAAAUUAUUUGUUAAUGUAUGGAACUAAACUGUUUGGGAAUCAAAUCAAAUAAAACUAUCAAAAAAUG